AUGGAUGCGGAGGAAAACCCGCUUGCGGCGGAUGUUAUGAUGGCAUCUUUGGAUGUCCUUACCCACAAUGAGAUGGGGCAUCUUGUCUACGCCAGAUCCAACCUCUCGUCGCUUCGCCUCACAUCCAUUGAGCUGCUUGGAGCAUACAAACACCUGCAACGUAUCUCUCUCGACGACAACAUGCUUGACUCACUCACACCCCUGCGAGAGCUUCGUUCCCUCGUGUAUCUCUCGGCAGCAAAUAACAACCUUACCGAUGAGGUUUUUGAUGAUCUUGCACCAUCCGGCACCACCUUGGAGAGACUGAACCUCAGCAGAAAUCGUCUAGCAAGCCUUCGAGGACUGCGUCUUCUGCCGUUUCUUAUAGACUUUUAUGCGGAAGAAAAUCAGGUGACAGAGUUACGUAACGAAGACUUCUCCAUGCUUCAUAGCCUUACACGGCUUAAUCUGAUGUCCAACCAAAUUCAGCGUGUACAACUGGAUACAUUUGCCGGUUGUUUUACUGUGCGUUUUCUUAAUCUUUCACAUAACGCGUUGGAAAAGGUGCAGUUCGUGAUGCACCUUGCUAACAAUCUGGAGAGUUUGGAUUUGGAACACAACAAUAUUAAGAGUCUCCACGGUUUUGAUAUUUUGCGAGAACUGGUUUAUCUUCGACUGGCGAAUAAUGGAAUUGAAUCAUGGGAGGAGCUGGAGACGCUGUCAGGGCUCAUUAACCUCCGGCAUCUAACGAUAGCAGGAAACCCCAUUCUGCGGAGGCCUGCGAGCAGCUCCCUCACCAAGUCAAUACCGGAGUAUUCGGAAUUCCAGGUUUCAGCGGAUAUAGACUUUUCUGCAGGUAAGCGUUCUGUCCUAUUUGACUCAUUGACAGGUGCUGAGGCCAGUAAUAAACUAGUCUCUUCUAUGGUGGUGCCCUCUGCCAGAAAUCUCGUCAAGGACGUCACUAUGUUGUCUCGCAGACUUGAGGAAUGGGAUGUCGAUGGGUUUCGCGAGUUGGAACGGCUCCCGCUCAUUGAACAGCAUCGAUUUCGUGUUAUUAGCAUUUUACGGCAAUUACUUACAAUUGAUUCCGUGCCUGUAUCUUCAGAGGAGAUUCCGCGGGCGCUGCGUUUGUUCAAAAAGAAGCGUGGGACGUGGAAUUUUGUGGGAGGCAACAUUUUGCCCGCGGGAUCUGCCGCCCGGGCAGUGGAAUCCCAACGUGCAAAAAAUGGCAGCGGUAUGCCGUGA